AUGAUGAGAUCCGUCCGCCGAUGGCACGUCCAGCCGGGCGUGCACGCGUUCGCGCUCCUCGUGGGUGUUCUCUUGGGACGGAACGCACCGACCAUGGUCGAACCGCUUAGCCGCGGCUCCGACCGUGCCUGGAACUUUGCCUUCGGUUCGAACAUGGUGCCGUCCACGCGGCAGCGGCGACGGCUGGAGCCAUCUCGGACGGUGCCGGCGGUGGUGCAGGGGUGGGAACUUCACUUUAGCUUGCCGGGGAUUCCAUAUAUCGAACCCGCCUUCGCAGCAUUGAGACCCUCCAAUGUCAGCACACAUGGAGUGUGCCUGGAACUUGACAAGGAGAACUGGUUGCGACUGCUGGUGUCUGAAGGGGUCUUUCGACCGGAUGAAGCAAAUGCCAUGAAACGCGCAUCUUUACAAGAGGUCCUGGAGCUUGCCGCGAAGCCCACUGCAACUUUUGGAUACAGGCUCCUCCCAUUGCAGGCGAUGCUUGCAUUGGCUUGCAGCUAUGGACGCUCCGCUGCCGGCGCUGCUUCCCCAGGCACCGGGCCUGGCCUCGUGGCCUAUGCCUUCGUUGACGCCCAGCUUGAAGGAGCUCCUCCGCUUCUGCCACCCUCGCGGCGCUACUGGGGACUACUUCGCGCGGGCGCGCGGCAGCACGGCUUGGACCGGAGCUAUCGGGACUAUUUGUACUCGCUUCCCAGGUACGUCCCGUCGCCGUUGAGUGCCGCAGCGCUCCCCACGGUCUUGUCGGCGUCGGCGGCGAAGGGCCUCGAGGGUCUCGUGGAGGCGUCCCGCGCGGGGCGUCUCGUGGACCUUGCAGCACGAGAUCCGCGAGGUGAGGCGAGGUCCGGAGGGUCUGUUCUUUGCCCGAGAAGGGUCCGGAGGUCGUGGUUUGAAAGACAAAGAUCGGGGCAUGGGGCAUGGGGGAACAAAAAGGGUGAAGCAUGGUGA